CAAGAGCCCUUUUUUUUGCGCGAAAGCUGUCGGACAGAACGGGCGCAGCAGCGCUUUCUUUUUCUUCGCUUGCCGAGACGCUGCGAGCGCGUCUUGUCAGAGAAAUAUAACAGAAAAAUCGUAAAUCACGACAAACUCGAAACAGUGCACGAUGCAUUGAUACAAAAUCGACGUAAAUCAAUAAAAGAAAUUGCAAAAAAAUCGCGUUCUAGUAACUGACGCCAAUAAUAAAAGAAAUAAAAUCAGACGGCGGCGGCAGCAGAAGAACGUAAACAAACGUAAACGUGUGUAAAUCCAUAAAAAGCAACAAAAACAAUUGAAGAAAUCAAAAGAAGCGCCAGCCAUGGCGACGCCGACUGCGACGACGGCAGUGGCAGUGGCAGUGGCAGAAACCGCUAAGGCAGCGCAGCCAGCAGAAUCUCUUUGGAUGCUGAUGGACAUUAACGAAUUUUUGUAGUGCUCUCCGGUAUUUUUGUUUUUGUGUUCCUCGGUGGUGGUUCCAGAUAGAUGUUCGUGUAUAAAUAGCAAUCGGCGGAUAAAUCAGCACAGUGAAUGAUGCCUGGACUUGUGGUCUUCAGACGCCGCUGGUCUGUGGGCUCUGAUGAUCUCGUGGUGCCAGGUGCAUUUCUCCUGACUAUACACUUUAUAUGUUUUGUGAUCGUUAGCGUUUCGUUGGUUAUCUUUGAGUAUAAUACACGAAUUUUAAGCGUAAAACUAUUGUUCUAUCACCUAAUAGGCUACUUGUUGAUACUUUUUUUUUCAAUAUGCGUAGAAAUAGGGAUAUGUGUGAUCUCGAUGCGAGGAAGUAUUCUAGAUGCCGAGGCGAGAACCUCCAUCAAUAUCUGGAUAUAUCUCAAGAGCUUGGUAAUUCUCUUCGACAUUGCCUGGCUGAUAGUGGGCUCCGUUUGGCUGGGACAUUACUAUUCCACCUCCCCCAUCGAUGAUCCCAAGAAGGUCUACAUAGCCAUUAUCAUCUGCAACUGGGUCCUGGUGGUCAUCACCCUGAUCACCAUCUGGUGCACCUUCGACGCCGCAGGCCGUUCGUGGGUGAAGAUGAAGAAGUACCAGCGAUCUAUGCGGGAAACGGAGUCGAGAUUCAACUACAAAAGAAGCAACUCCAUGAAUCGAAAUUGGCGGCAAAGAAAGGUGAUGAGGGCCUACCAGGACAGCUGGGACCAUCGCUGUCGCCUGUUGUUCUGCUGCAUGGGCUCCUCGGAGCGGAACCGGAACUCCUUCACGGACAUCGCCCGACUGCUGAGCGACUUCUUCCGGGAGCUGGACGUGGUGCCGUCGGACGUGGUGGCCGGACUGGUCCUGCUCCGGAAGUUCCAACGCCUCGAGAGGGAGGCCAUUGUCAGGCAAAGGAAGAACGGCACCUACGAGUUCCUCAGCGGCGUGCCCAUCACGGAGCGUACCCAGUUCCUAGCACUCAACGAUGCCAAAAACUACGACUUCUUUCAGACGGUCAUCCACUACAUGUACUUCGCCCAGGGCGCCUACGGCUGGCCCAUGUACGUCAUCAUAAACCGGACCAAGAUGUGGCACCUCUUGCCGGAACUGAAAUGCUUUGGCUGCUUCUGUGGCAGCGGCGACGACGCGGAAGUGAUCCAGGACAACUGCUGCCUCUGCAACUACGCCGCCCUGAAGAAAACCCUCCAAAUGGGCGACAUCGACAUCGUGUACGCCACCUACCACGUGGACGUGGGCGAGACGCCCUUCUUUGUGGCCGUCGACUACACCCACCGGGCGAUAGUGAUCAGCAUACGGGGCACCCUGAGCAUGAAGGACAUACUCACGGACCUGAAUGCGGAGGGCGAGGUGCUGCCGCUGCAGCCGCCGCGGGACGACUGGCUCGGCCACAAGGGAAUGGUGCAGGCGGCGAUCUACAUCAAGAACAAGCUGCAGGAGGACAACAUAAUUGAGAAGGCGCUCCAGAGGAAUCCCGAUCGCCAGACGCACUCCUUCGACCUGGUGCUGGUGGGUCAUUCCUUGGGCGCCGGAACCGCGGCGAUACUGGCGAUUCUCUUGAAACCCGACUAUCCCACUCUGCAGUGCUUCAGCUACUCUCCUCCUGGAGGACUCCUCAGUAUGCCCGCCGUGGAGUACUCCAAGUCGUUCAUCACCUCGGUGGUUCUGGGCAAGGACGUUGUGCCCAGGAUCGGCCUGAACCAGAUGGAAGCCCUGCGAGCCGACCUGAUAAAUGCCAUUCAGCGGAGUGUGGAUCCCAAGUGGAAAACAAUCUCCUGCUCAGUAAUUUGUUGUGGCUGUGGACCGGAGCCCACCUCCGUGGUGAACAUGUCCGGCCAGGACACGCACAUAAACCAGUAUCAGGAGGAACGUGGCACUGCCCGGUCGACCAGCGCCCAUCCGACGGAUAGCUCGAUUGCUCUGACGUUGCACCAGCCCUUGUAUCCGCCCGGCCGCAUCAUCCACAUAGUGCGGCACCAUCCCAAGGCUGAAGAGCAAAAAUACGACAGUGGUUGGAGAAAUGUCCUGAAGAAUCGGGAGCCCGUCUACCAGGCCAUCUGGGCAGACUCCACGGACUUUGACGAGGUGCUGAUUUCGCCGGUAAUGCUGCAGGAUCACAUGCCCGACAAGGUCCUGGCCGCUCUCAAAAAGGUUGUAACAACGAGUGGGCCACGCAAACCCCAGCGCCAGACAUCCAAUGCAUUCUCCACUGCAUCGAACGAGGGUCCCGAAACGGAUCACCAGGAGCUGGCUCAUAGCAGCACUAAUGGCGACUCGGAUCCAGUGAGACCGAACUCCGGAACGGAAACGGAAGUUGAAACGGAAACGAAUCAUGGCCGGACACACUGCAAACGGCCCUCGCAAAGUUCCUACACGAACCUGAGCAACUGCCUGCCACUGACGCCGAGUGCCCAGCACAAGCUCUGCCUGGAAACAUCCUUCACGAACGGAUCUGGUUGUGGAACUGGUACGAUGCCCCUGCAACCAAUGCCACCUCGUGGCAGUAAGGCCUCCUCCCUGGCGGGCAGCAUUCUGGGCCGCAGCCUUACCCCCUAUGACAUAUCAAGCGCUCUGGACGACAGCCUGGCCACCGUGGCUCUGCGGCAGAGUCCAUCCCUCAUGAGCUCAGAGACGACGGGCACAGUGAUUGCUAAUCACGAGCCUGAAACGGAGGACGUACCAGUGCCCCGGCUCAAAGCGGUGGCUUUCGACAUGGCCCCAACCCCUCCCCCGGUCCUGCUCGGCCGCCAGUUGGAAGAGAGGUCCCUGGUCGGAUGGCAGUCGGGCGAAAGGGUACUCCUCGAGCGCCAGCACUCGGAAAAGAAACCUCGCACUCUGCCCCUCGCCCAACGGCAGGCUCUGCGUAGGGCUUCGGACGCAGGAACAGGUGCCGGUGUAGACCUGCUUCACGACGACUGGUACGGACUGGCGCCAUUGGCCAGCCCGGAAACGCUCUCGGAGAUCUCCAGUGUCUCAUCGCGCACCAGCGUGCCCAUUAGCCUGGCCAACAGUAUUGAGCGGUACCUGCACCACAUGGGAGUGGCAGUUGGGCCCCAUAAGGUACCUCUCGAAGACAUCUUCGAGUCGCAGCUGCACACGCCCAAGGUGAUGCGGCGGGCUCCCAAGUUCACGGAAAACCUGGCAGGAUGUGCCGAGGACAGCAGAAAUCUGGACCAGUACAAGCGAAUGGGCCGCGUCUUUGUCACCUUUCCGCGCAUCUAUCCGGACCACAGUCUGGACUCCAGUGACGAAAGCUUCGAGUCAGCCUCGGCGCACAGUCUGCAGAGGCUGCCCCAGUUGCCGCAGACCUCCAAGUCGGCGGAUCCGUUGGAAGGGGAGCAGGAUGUGUCCAGGGAGGCUCAGCCUGUCAAGAAGUUAACCUUCAGCGAUAGCGACAUCCUAGCCGAUGACCAUUGCCUGCGACUGUGCCCGCACUGUCCGUGUGGCCGGGAUGCCCAGAGCGGAUGCUGCACUCGCUCCCAGCACGGUCAGUGCAGUGAUCUCGCGGUUGGAACGGGCGCCAGUCUCGGACUGGGCUUGGGUUCCACGGACACAAGCUUCUACAGUGCCAAUUCCUCGCUAGAGCAGGUCGUCACGCCAGCACGCCAGAAUGGCGGACCCCAUCUCGAAGAGAUACUGAUGCGUCCGGGGGUACUGGAGUCGCAUUUUCCGGUUCUGGGCGGUGGCUCUGGCCUGGAGACUCCGGCCUUGGUGGCGCCCGCCUCUCCAUCGCCGAUGAGCAACGGGAAGCGACCGGAUGUGGUCGGCGGACGGGUGAGGAAGCGGCUCUCGUCCGAGGAGUUCGUUUUCACCCGCAGCGAGGACAUGCCCAGCCUAGUACAAAUCGGUGAUAGGAACUCUGGCUCGCCGGCGGGACGUCGUCGCAAAGGAUGUGUCUAUCCGGCCGGGAAUAGUCUUCAUUUGGAUGCUGCCGCCGGCGCCGCCGCCGCUGCUGCUGCUGCUACGGCAUCUCCCACGUCCAUUAGCAAAUUCACCCGAACCCGAGUGGCAGCCGGCUCGGUGGCCAAGCAGACGGCCGCCAAUAACGAAAGUAAUGUUUAAAUAGUUGUAAAUUGUAAGCAGUACCUUGCCUGGAUUGUGAAGAGGCGAUAGCACGGCGAUAACAAACGAUAGCAAAGCGAUAACCCCCCAAACCAGUCGAUAAUUGUCGAUUGACUAACAAACUAACAUUUUGCAUACCGAUUACCUAGGGAAACAGAAACAUUUAGCGUUAACACUGGCGAUUAUUAUUAAAUAAAUGCAAUAUAUAUUUUUUUGUGCAGCAGACUCCCAAAGCGAUGACAAAUUUUAAUAAAACGUUUUAAAAAAUGGA